GAUGAGGACAGAAGCACGACGAAAAAAUCUUCUCAUUUUGAUUUCACAUUAUUUAACACAAGAAGGAUAUAUCGAUACAGCAAAUGCUUUGGAGCAAGAAACUAAACUGGGGUUACGACGCUUUGAAGUUUGUGACAACAUUGAUCUUGAAACUAUUUUGAUGGAAUAUGAGAGUUAUUAUUUUGUAAAAUUUCAGAAAUACCCCAAAAUUGUCAAAAAGUCAUCAGACACAGCAGAAAAUAAUUUACCACAAAGAAGUGGAGGGAAGACCAGAAGGGUGAUGAACGACAGUUGCCAAAAUCUUCCCAAGAUCAAUCAGCAGAGGCCCCGGUCCAAAACCACGGUGGGGAAGACAGGGGACACCAAAUCUCUCAAUAAGGAGCAUCCUAAUCAGGAGGUAGUUAAUAACACUCGCCUGGAGAGUGCCAACUUCGGCCUAAAUAUAUCAAGAAUCGGUAAAGACAGUGGAGAGGAAAAUGCCCACCCACGAAGAGGCCAAAUCAUUGACUUCCGAGGGCUGCUCACAGAUGCCAUCAAGGGAGCGACCAGUGAACUUGCCUUGAACACCUUCGACCAUAAUCCAGACCCCUCAGAACGACUGCUGAAACCUCUGAGUGCAUUUAUUGGCAUGAACAGUGAGAUGCGAGAAUUGGCAGCGGUGGUGAGCCGGGACAUUUAUCUCCAUAAUCCAAACAUAAAGUGGAAUGACAUUAUUGGACUUGAUGCAGCCAAGCAGUUAGUCAAAGAAGCUGUUGUGUAUCCUAUAAGGUAUCCACAGCUAUUUACAGGAAUUCUUUCCCCCUGGAAAGGACUACUGCUGUACGGCCCUCCAGGUACAGGAAAGACUUUACUGGCCAAAGCUGUGGCCACUGAAUGUAAAACAACCUUCUUUAACAUUUCUGCAUCCACCAUUGUCAGCAAAUGGAGAGGGGAUUCAGAAAAACUCGUUCGGGUGUUAUUUGAACUUGCCCGCUACCACGCCCCAUCCACGAUCUUCCUGGACGAGCUGGAGUCGGUGAUGAGUCAGAGAGGCACAGCUCCUGGGGGAGAACACGAAGGAAGCUUGAGGAUGAAGACGGAGUUACUGGUGCAGAUGGAUGGGCUGGCGCACUCAGAAGAUCUCGUGUUUGUCUUAGCAGCUUCUAACCUGCCGUGGGAGCUGGACUGUGCCAUGUUACGCCGCCUGGAGAAGAGGAUUCUGGUUGAUCUCCCCAGCCGGGAGGCCAGGCAGGCCAUGAUCUACCACUGGCUGCCUCCUGUGAGCAAGAGCAGGGCCUUGGAGCUGCGCACAGAGCUGGAGUACAGUGUGCUGAGCCAGGAGACUGAGGGCUACUCAGGCUCAGACAUUAAGCUCGUCUGCAGGGAAGCAGCCAUGCGGCCCGUGAGGAAGAUCUUUGAUGCACUUGAAAAUCACCAGUCAGAAAGCAGCGACUUACCGGGGAUCCAGUUGGAUACACUAACCACUGCCGACUUUCUGGAUGUGCUAACUCAUACCAAGCCCUCCGCAAAGAAUCUGGCUCAGAGAUACUCAGCCUGGCAAAGAGAGUUCGAGUCUGUUUGAAACCACAUUUACCCUGACCCGGCCACAAAGGCCUCCUAGUUUAUUAGUGUCGGUGGGAGAAGAACAAAAUGAUUGGAAUGGAAAAGAGAAAAUUAUUCUUGAAGACUGGAUUAACUUGAGCCACUGUAUUGUUUGGAUAGCUGAGAUAUAUUUAUUAACUUAUCAUUACUGAUGUCAGCAAAAUAUUGAGGGUUUCAGUUACAUACAUAUAUGUGCUAUUAGGUCAUACAAUGGAGAUUUUUCUGACAAUUAGACUCCAUAAAAUUUUAAUAAACAAUUUUCUGUAAUGUUACUCAUUUGUAAACUUUUGAAGAAAAAGAUGUACUUAGAAAAGUUGUGUUGGCCAGGCACAGGAUGACCCUGAGUUGGGGCAGCCAAGUAGAAGCUAAGCUUGACAGGCACUGCCCAGCGGACAGUCCCAGGGUGAAGAAGGAUGAGGGCAGGGAAGGCAAUGCAGUCUGUUUCUCAUUCUGGACAAUAUUCUGUAUCUCAUCAGCUCUCCCUAAUUCUGACUCCAUCCAGCUUUGUCAGCAGCAAACCCCUCCCAAACUAAGCCCCACUCAGAAAUGUCACUGAGCAUUCUGAUCCUAGAGCUAAUAGUCGGGGUGACUAGCACACCAUCACCAUCAGCUGCCAGUAUGACUGUUUUGGGUUCUGGCCCCCAAUAACAUCUUUUAACUCUUCACAUCUCACAUCCGGUGUGCUCUGCCCUUCUCUUUCCAUUGCCACAGCUUCUCAUCAGAAACAAAGCUUAGGAUGGGGCACCUGAGCUUCGAGAAUAUUCGUUCCAAGUCUUCCCUGCUCUUAGGCUCUUCCCCCUCUCCUUAAGGGGUUACAAACAGCUAGAAGCAUCUCUCUCAGAAACUCACAAUCCGAGGCAUCUACUUUGAACCCUUGAUAAAUUUUGAAGGCUUCCACUAAGUAAUGCGACUUCUUUUCCCCCACUAGAACUUACCUAUGGGAAAUUACCUUCUUUUCUCUUCCUUGCCUUGUUUUCAUCAUCCCUGCAGACAGACUCUUCAAGAGGAAAAACUUCCAAAAACAGACACUUUGGAUAGCUAAGUAUCCCAAAGGAUUUUUACCCUUUUAAACAAAACUAAAGCAUGUUUUGGGGUAUUGAUUAUUUUGAGAUUAUUCUCAAACGCCUCUUUAAACAUCAUUUCAUGGAAAAUAUCAAAUUGAGAACAUAUCUUAUUUAACAAAUUGAAAAUAAAAAAGAUUUCAUCUCA